GUCAAAUGUUGCGAGUUCUCCUCUCUGCCUCUGAGUCUGGGCAAGCGCUCUCAAACGCCGCUUGGUAGCCACUCCUUUUUCUCCUGAGACCAGGAUUGAGGUAGCUGCAUCAUUAGAGAGAGAGCAGAAUGGGCAGAAAGAGUGGCGGAAAGCGGCAGGCGCGGCCGCAGGGGCUGCCGCCGAAGGCGAAGAAGCAGAAACGGGACGCGGGAGGUGCUGUUUGUGAGCCCAUAAGCGAUAGUGAGGAUGGGGCGGUUUUGCCCACCCCUUAUGAGUACGAGGAGCCAAUGGCUGAUGAGGAGCUGAAGAAGAAUAGGCGCUAUGAUGACGUGGACGUUUACGAAUACGAGCUUCCAGACGAUUUUGAGGACGAAGAGAUCGACGAAGACGCCGCUUUUACGGAAGAAGACAAGGUCAAGUUCGGCAACCUCUUUGAAAAGGACGGCGAAGAAGGCGCUUCGGAAGGGGACUCCGACCGCGACGAUGACGACGGCGAUAUCGAUCUGAACAGCGAGGACGAGGGUUCUGACGAGUCGGAGGAACUAGACCCGGAUGAUUUCUCGGACGAGGAGCUGGCGGGUGGUAGAGACGAAACAGAAGCUUUGGGGGAAGAAGAUGAAAGCGAGGAUGUGGGGGGGCAAGAUGAGGAGGGGGCCGAUGAGGGUGAGGAGUACGAGGAAGCGGGGGGGAGAAGAGCGGGGCAAAAUGAGGGGGGGGAAGAGGAGAGCGACGAGGAAAGUGAUGAGGAGGAAUUGGACGAGGAACGGCAUAGGAAGAUGUUGGAAGAGGUGAUGGGGGGGGCGCGCGGGCGGGAAAGCAAGAGGCGGGGUCAGGUGGUGCUUUCAGAGGCGGUUCCGGAGUCGGAGUUCAGCUUGAACCCAGGCGGGGGGACUGCAGGUGGCGGCGGCAGGAUCAGCGUCGCCGACUUGGUUGGUUCUCUCGACGGCUCCGCCGGAAACCUCGCCAGCCUCCGAAAACGCCUCGAGAAAGUCGAAUCAGGCGCGGGGCCUGUUUCCGCGCCCCUCGCGCGCGCUCUCAAAGAGCGCGUCGAGCGCCAGGCGGGGUAUGAGCACACCAAAUCAGACGUCGCCAAGUGGCAGCCCCUCGUGAAAGCAAACCGGGAGGCGCCCACGAUCGUGUUCAGUGCGGAUAAGAAGGGGACGGUCGCGCAGCUAUCGACGGCGGGGAUGGCGGCGAAGUUUGUGCCGACGACGGAUUUGGAGAAGGAGAUUAGUGAGCUUUUGAAGGAAAGUGGCGCGGAGGACGGGAGGACCGUGGAAGCGGGGGAGGCGCUGGAGCUGAAUAAGCUUACGGUGGAAGAGGUCUUGGAGCGAAAGGAACGGCUCGCCAAGAUGCGCAGCCUGCUGUUUCAGCACGAGUCGAAAGCGAAGCGCGUCAAGAAGAUCAAGAGCAAGGCGUUCCAUCGGGCGCAGGCCAAGUCGCGAGCCAAGGAACGCGCGAAGAACGGGGGCGAGGUCGACCGAGAAGCCGCGCGCGAGGAGGCGCUGAAAGAGGAGUUCAAGCGCGCGCAAGAGAGAAUGACGCUGGAGCAUAAGAACACGAGCAAGUGGGCGAAACGAGCGCUGAAGAGGGGGCUCGAGGCGCACGUGGAAGACGGGACGAGGGAGGCGAUCGCCGAGCAGCUGAGGAUGCACGCGGCGCUGACGAGGAAGGUCGAUCGGAUGGACGACAAGAACAGCAGCGACGAGAGCAGCAGCGAAGACGAGUACGAUGACGUCACUGCUGACGUGGCGGACGGGGAGACCGCCGAAGGGCUGCGGCUUGCUCGCGAAACGGCCCGUGACAAGGCGGCGGUGCUCCGGGUUUUGGAUGAAGAUCCUGAGGGGGAUAAACCUAGAAAGGGGCUCUUCGCGCUGCCAUUCAUGGCACGUGCCUUGGACCGCAAGAGUCAGGAGGCACGUGACGAGGCGAUGGCGCUGCUAGACGAGCUGGAGCACCGACAGGACCCCGAGGCGACAGCUGGCAACCCCGAGGACGCGCCACGUGGCACCACCGAGGCGCUGCCACCUGGCACCAGUGGCCGCAUGUCAUUCGGCGCGGCGGCUGCCGGUGUGAGUAGGCCCCACGCAAGCGACGAUGAGGGCGGCGAUUUUGAGGGGGACUCCGACCUCGAGGGGGGGUCGCAGAGCGAGGGGGAAGCAAAGGGGGAAGCAAAGGGGGAGGGAGAGGGGGGACGUCGGAGAGGGGGGGCAAAACGGGGGCCUGCUGAGGGGAGGGGAAAAGUGGAGAUUCUGGAAGGGGAGGGUGAGUUGGCGCAGCUGGGGCUGCCGGGGGGGUUCCGGACAGCAACGGAGGGGCCUGUGAGCGUGGGAGGAGGGGGGGUGGCGGAAAGCAUCGAAAACGGGGGGGGUGACGUCAGCAUGGAGGGAGGGGGAGAGGGCGGGGAGCGCGCUCACUCGUGGUUGUUCCGGAGUGGGGGGGCCGAGAAGAGUAGGGCGGAGGGGGGAGUAGCGGACGAAACGAUCUCAGCGGGGGCCACGGUUAAGAAGCAUAAGCGGGGUUUAAACGGCGUGGAGAUUGCGGGAGUAAAAGGGGGAAUGAACGGUACUCAGAAAGCGGGUUCGGAGAGUUUGCACGUAGAUGGGGAAAACAGUGCGCAGAUAGCGGGUUCAUCGGAAGUACGGAUAGGCCCUGCGGAAGAGAGUGGCGCGAAGAAUGCAAACGAAGGGAGUGAUGGUCUUAAUGCACGACCAGAGCAGAAUGGGGGGGUAGAUGCGGUGACGUUUUUGGAGGGGGGAAGCGAAGACGAGGGGGAAGGCGUUCCGGGCGCAGAUCUGCUGCAAACAGACCUGUCACAGGCGGAACUGGUCCGAAGGGCGUUUGCGGGGGAUGACGUGGAAGCGGAUUUCGAAGCUCGCAAGGCUGAGAUGCUUGACGAAGAAGUUCCGGCGAUUGAGGGCCCGGUGACUCUCCCCGGGUGGGGCCAAUGGACUGGCGUCCAGAAGAAGAAGGGGCUCCCCGGUUGGAUCGUGAAAGAGCAGAAGGAUAACGAGAAGAAGCGGAACCAGGCGAUGGCGAAGCGGCAAGACGCCGGCAGGAAGCACGUCAUUAUCAGCGAGAAGUGGGACAAGAAGGCUGCCAAGUACGCCGCCGAGGGCGUCCCCUUCCCUUUCAAGGACCGGGAGGCCUUCGAGCGGAGCCUGCGGAAUCCGCUCGGCCGGGAGUACAACACGGAUUCCGCCCACCGGAACCUGAUCCGGCCGCCUGUGAUCAAGAGCACGGGGGUGAUCAUCGACCCGAUCAAGUAUGUGAAGCCGGAGCAGAAGGGAAGAGCUGAGAAGCCCAGCGCGGGAAAGAAGGGCAAAGGCAACGGUAAAGAUACUUCACGAAAUUGAUCUUUAGAUGCAGUUUGACGUGAGAUGCUCCCAGAAUUCCUCGUAGGACUCGUCCUUUAUUGAUUAAGACGGACAAUUGGUUUUCGAAGGUCUUCAAUGUGAAGAAGCUAGCAAACGUGGUAGAAGUGCCAAAGGGCAUUGAUGUCAAGGCUGUCAGCGCCUUGCAUGCACUUUGCUAGCAGAGCUUCUUAGCAAAAAAAGCGGUGAAUCGUGCAAGACAAUAUGCACGAUAAGGUGGUGCAUAGCAGUGCACAAUAUGCAAAUAAAUAGAUGCGUCUGCUUUUAAUUUCAAUGACAUACUUCAGGUACAUCCUCCCGAUAAUCAUUGUGCGGUGCGUGAGUUGAGAAUUGCGGCCGCAUUCCAUGUUACUAA